AUGCCUCUCAACAUCGCCGUUCUCGGUUCUGGCCUCGGUGGCCUGGCCGCCGCCAUCUCUCUGCGCCGCCAGGGCCAUCAAGUCACUCUCUAUGAGCGAUACGACUUUACAGGUGAAGUCGGUUCCAACAUUUCUUGCGCGUCAAAUGGCACCCGCUUUCUCGAGAAGUGGGGAGUCGAUAUCCAGAGAGCCCGCCCUGUUAUUCUCACCGACAUGGUCUGGCACGAUUGGGCCAAGGGAGACAUCACAGCCCAGUAUCCUUUUGGUGAUUACAAGGGCAAGUUUGGCACCCAUUACUAUAGCUUCCAUCGACCCGACAUCCACGCUGAGCUGAAGCGAACUGCAACUACGAGCGAAGGCGAGGGCCCUCCUGCCAAGCUACUCUUGAACCACAAGGCCGUCGAGGUGGACGCGGAGAAGGGAUGGGUUAAGUUUGAGAACGGUCUGGAGAUCACUGCAGACUUGGUUGUUGCCGCGGACGGCAUUCGUUCAAACACCAGAGCCGAAAUUGGUGUCGAGACCCAUGCCACGCCUUCUUCUUCAUGUUGCUACCGCUGCAUCGUCCCUUACGAGAAGCUGGAGAAGCUGGGAUCAACCGAAUACGUCACCCGCAAUGCAAUUGAAUACUGGGGAGGCAUGGGCAUUGAGAAGAUCGUCAUGUCACCAGCCGGGGGCGGCUCCAUGAUCUGCUGCUACUGCUUCUAUCCAGCCUCACUCAACGACACUCGCGAUGAUGGGUGGAACGUGUCUGCCACUCCCGAGCAGCUAGUUGAGACAUUCAAGACCAUCGAACCCAACAUGAAGAGACUCUUUGCCGAGGCCGAGGAUAUCAAGAUGUGGCGGCUCUACGAUCACAAGCCCUAUGAAUACUGGGUGAAGGGCAAGGUCGCACUUGCUGGCGAUGCAGCUCAUCCUAUGAUGCCAGAUCAGAGCCAAGGAGCUGUGAGCGCCUUUGAGGAUGCUGCAGCACUUGGCCUGCUAUUUUCAGAGUCUAACCUUGCCAAGACGUCUGUAGAGCAGCUUCUUAAGAAGUAUGAGGCUUUGCGUAAGCCAAGAGCUACUAUGCUUCAGGCUGCUAGCUUAAGGGCUCGUCUAGAUCUAACUGAGAGGAUUGGGUGGAGUUCUGCCAAUACCAAGCCUGGGAAGAUAACUAUUGAAGAUGUGGCAGGGUAUAAGAUGGAAAAUGAUAUUGCUUCUAAGUGGUGUAAUCUUGCUAUAAGUUAG